GUUUGCUUCAUAACGACGGAAAUGCGUGUCUUUUUGGCAAUCUGCCUGUCUCUGACAGUGGCGCUGGCCGCCGAAACUGGAAAGUACACUCCUUUCCAGUACAACCGAGUUUACUCUACUGUUUCUCCAUUCGUCUAUAAGCCAGGCCGCUAUGUAGCUGAUCCAGGCCGUUAUGACCCCAGCCGCGACAACUCUGGCCGUUACAUUCCCGACAACUCUGGUGCCUACAACGGUGACCGUGGAGACCGUGGUGCCGCCGGUGGCUUCUACACUGGAUCCGGUACUGCUGGAGGUCCCGGAGGAGCCUACGUCGGAACCAAGGAGGACCUCAGCAAAUACCUUGGUGAUGCUUACAAGGGAUCCAGCAUUGUUCCCCUGCCCGUCGUGAAGCCUACCAUUCCCGUGCCAGUCACACCCACAUACGUUGCCAGCAAGGUGGUCACACCCACAUACGUUGCCAGCAAGGUGGUCCCACCCAGCGGCGCCGGCUACGACUACAAAUACGGCAUCAUCCGUUACGACAAUGACGUCGCUCCCGAAGGCUACCACUACUUGUACGAGACCGAGAACAAGAUUCUCGCUGAAGAAGCCGGCAAGGUCGAGAAUGUCGGCACCGAAAACGAAGGCAUCAAGGUCAAGGGAUUCUACGAAUACGUUGGCCCCGACGGUGUCACCUACAGAGUAGACUACACUGCUGACGAAAACGGUUUCGUUGCUGACGGAGCUCACAUCCCUAAGUAAAUCUAGUCGAGAUCAAUAUUUUAAGGUUAUUUUAGAAAGAAAAGAAAAAAAAACGUACAUAAAGCACCACUUUACUUUUACAGCCGUUUGUCUAACCUUCUACCUACAAGAUAAUUAAUCAGGCUAUUAUUUAAUGUGUUUAUCAUGAUAAUAAAGAUUGCUCUGUGAAAA